CCGACCUCUCCUCACAGCAUUGGUCGCCAUCCAUCCCGGAUCAACACAGAUACCCAUACAGAUGGUGUAAAAUAUCACAUCUGUCUGGAAGCACCACAACAAAAGAAAGUAUUAAGCUCGAGUGGGGCUCCUCGGACCACGACCAACAUGUCGGUUACUCAGUGAGCGCGGUAGUCAUUUCUGAUGCGAGGUUUCAGCGCGACUGUUGAAUAAGGGUCUUGCGUCUAUCUGGAUUUUCCAGCGAGCGAGGAAGAUGGCUGCCAUGAAGAUUUUAACCAGUACUGGACUGUUUUUGGCGUUUAGUGCGUUGGGAUUGUUAGCAAUGGCAAUCUGUACCGAUUACUGGUACGAGACGGAUGCGAGGAGGCACAGGGAACGAUGUAAGAAUUAUGCCAACAAAAGAAAUGAUCCUGGAUAUAUUUACAUUUCCAAUCAUAACCUUCCCCUCCGGAUGCCUCCAAAUGAAGUCUAUAGAAAAGGCAAAGGAGUGGGUGACGGAGAUCUACCCCGGGCUAAGCGGCACUUCUUGGCCUCUGCUUCAGCAAUGGAGUCUCACUGCAGUCGGCAGUUCAACUCCACCAUCUCUGGGUUGUGGAGAAAAUGUCAUCGAGAGGGUUUUGAUCUGGAGACUGAAGACCUCAUCUAUAAAGGGUUGAUUCAGCGCUGCACCCCAGUGAAGUACCACUACUCCUCAUCCACCCUCCCCCGAAAUCUGCCUGUCAACAUAACCAAGACCAUCCGGCAGGAUGAGUGGCACGCGCUCCAUCUGAGGAGAAUGACUGCAGGCUUUAUAGGCAUGGCAGUCUCCAUCAUCCUCUUCGGAUGGGUCAUCGGGGUCCUGGGCUGCUGCAAGCAGCAUGACCUAAUGCAGUAUGUAGCAGGGCUACUCUUCCUCAUGGGAGGAACAUGCUGCAUUAUUUCCUUGUGUACCUGUGUGGCCGGGAUAAAUUUUGAACUGUCCCGUUAUCCACGCUACAUGUAUGGAUUGCCAGAGGAUAUCAGCCACGGGUAUGGUUGGUCCAUGUUCUGUGCCUGGGGUGGGCUGGGUCUCACCCUGCUAGCUGGAUUCCUGUGUACAUUAGCACCUUCUCUUAGCAGUCCUCGCACAAUGGUGCAUAAGCCAAGGCAAGAAAAUGGCACCGUGUGACAAGUGACAGAACGCACAGGCAGUCAGUGGCUCCCACUCUCCUUUGACCCAUUUCUGUUUCCCUUCCUUCAAGACAUUUGUAGUAAAGUGACCUGGACAGUUAUUGGGGGAGGAAUGCUAUUACUGAACCCCCUAACCACUUACAGACGGAUCAGCAGUACCCAGAGUUCAUUGGGGUCUCUUGCUCAGCACAAACCGGACAAGACCUUUGCUCACUUCCAACCAAGUAGCAGUGGCUGUUUUUUUUUUUUUUUGAAGAGGAUUUGUGUUGAAAUGGUGCUCUCUCUCUCUCCAUCUUUCCUUUUUCUCUCGAGGAACUGAUAUGCCUUUCAGUAUUAAAAAAAAAACUAAACAAAACAACAACAACAACAAAAAUAUAUUGUGGCAGCGAAUCCUGUCCGAUUGUUCUUUUUGUCGGGUGACCUGUUCCGUGUUUAUUAAUGCUCGCAAGAUACAUGAAAAACAAAAUGAAUUAUGCUGGCAUAAACUGCAUAUUGUUAAAAAAAUAUCUUAAAGGACAUCUUAUUAUAUUGCUUGGAAUGAAACAGGGGAUGGGAUUCAGCAGUUGUAACUGCCCCUAACAACCCUGCAUUGGUAUUGGGAAAGUGAAAUAUUAAAAGCACAAAAUGGAAACGGGAAGACUGGAACUGACAAAUAGAAAGACAGAAAUGUGUUUUCAGCUUUUUAGAGUAACAUUUCAGUGCUUCUAAGAUAAAGUAUGUGUAAAUGCAUUUCUAUGUAGAAGCGGGUCUCCGUUUAUAGUUCUUGUAUAAAGAAUGUUUUUUCCAUUUGUUAUGAGGUAAUCUUAAGUGUAAGACAGUCUUGGGUAUUUAGUGGCUUUGCUGGGGGGAAUAAGUGUGCCCUUGGGGUUGAAUAAAACCUUUCUCAAGUCAUUUUUUACAUGAAUUGAGCAUGACUAUUGAGCUCCACCUGUGACUGACAGAAAAAGUGAAAAAAAAAAAAGAAAAAUAGUCCUUGCUGCUUCUGGCGAUGUUUACAAGAUUUCAAGGAACCUGUAACUUUUCUCUUUCCUCCUCUUCCACUCAGUUUCUUGUAGAGGAGAUUCAGGUAAGGUCAUUCAUUUCUGAUACUAAACAUGCCAAAUGCCACUCCAGCAAUCAAGCCACCUAUCCCCAGAGCUCUGCAUUUUCACAAUCAGCAUGAACCAGCAGACAGUCAAAGUUGCAGUGCCAGA